UAUUAAGAUGAUACCAGGAAAAUACUGAGCCAGUGUUUAGUACUACAUAGGAGUAUGUGUUUAAUAAGGCGUUACAAAAAUAGUGCUCAUUUCAUGAUAUACGUGUAAGGCAUUGGAAUGAUAUUUUAAUAGGAAAAGAUGCUUUGGACAUCAAACUGUUUUAUAGAGUGACACAAGAACUAGCACAGAUUCCAUAUACUACAGCAUAAUAAUACUGAAUAAUCAGGGAAUUCUGAUAUUCUAGAAAGUUCAUAAGGCCAUCAUUAAAUAAAUGUAUUUACUUUAUUCUAAAACUUGUAUUAUUUUAUAAAUAUUGGAAUAUUGAGGCAGACAUUGGACCAGUGAACUUAUUCACACUUAAAUUAGGAAAACAACAUUUGGUAUUUACCUUUAUUAUGGCAAGUAUCAUGGACUACGGUGGCAAGAUCAUUAAUACUGGUGAUGUAAUUAACGAUGCUGAUUGUAUGGUAAAUAAUGCUGAUGAAAUGAUACAUCAUGCCAAAAGUGUGAUAAAUGAUGCUGAUGGUGGGGUGAAUAAUGCUGAUGAUGUGAUAACUAAUGCCAAAACUAUCAGAUAUAAUGCUGAUGAUGGGCUAAAUGAUGCUGACGGUGAUGCUGAUGGUGAUGCUGAUGGUGAUGCUGAUGGUGUGAUGAUUAAUGUUGACAGGAAAAAUACUGCUAAAAGUAUGACAAAUAGUUCUACUUCUUUGAUGAAUGAUGGGGCUGAAAUUAUUACAAGUGGUCUUAAGAGAUGUGAAAAUGGCCAUAAAGGAGCACAUGUUUGUGAUAUAUGCCACAGAGUGUGGAAAUGUAAGUCUGCACUACUGGAACAUUAUAAAAUCCAUACCGGAGAAAAGAACUUCAAAUGCAAUGUUUGUUUUAAAACAUUUUCAAGAAAGUCUAAUCUUAAUGCUCAUCUUAGUAUUCAUACUGGAGAAAAGAACUUCAAAUGUGAUGUUUGUUCUAAAACAUUUGCACAAAAGUCUCAUCUCAACGUCCAUUAUAGAAUUCAUACUGGAGAAAAGAACUUCAAGUGUGAUGUUUGUUCUAAAACAUUUUCAGAGAAAGCUCAUUAUACCUCACAUUAUACAAUUCAUACAGGAGAAAAGAACUUCAAAUGUGAUGUUUGUUCCAAAGCAUUUGCAAGAAAGUCAUAUCUUGACGUUCAUUAUAGAAUUCAUACUGGAGAAAAGAACUACAAAUGUGAUGUUUGUUCUAAAACAUUUACACAAAAGACUGAUCUUAACUCACAUAAUAGAAUUCAUACUGGAGAUAAUUUCAAAUGUGAUGUUUGUUCUAAAACAUUUAUUCGUAAAUUUACACUUAAAGUACAUUAUAGAAUUCAUACUGGAGAAAAGAACUUCAAAUGUGAUAUUUGUUCCAAAAAAUUUAUGUGUAAAUCUUCUCUUAACAUACAUUAUAUAACCCAUACAGGAGAAAGAAACUACAAAUGUGAUAUUUGUUUCAAAACAUUUGCACAAAAGACCAAUCUUAAAUCACAUUUCAGAACUCAUACAGGAGAAAAAAACUUCAAAUGUGAAGUUUGUUCAAAAACAUUUGCACAAAAGUCUACACUUACCAAACAUUACAGAAUUCAUACUGGGGAAAAGAACUACGAAUGUAAUGUUUGUUCUAAAAGAUUUUUAGAAAAGUCAGAUCUUAACAAACAUCAUAAAAUCCAUACUAGAGGAAAAAAACUUUGAAUGUUACAUAAAGGCAUGUUUCACAAAAAUGAGGUCAGUAUGAAGAUACAAUUGGUCAGAAUGUACUUAAACCUGAUUGAAACUGAGACACAUUUGCUGGAAUUACACCAUGCGUUUUAGAAAGGUGCUUUAGGUUUUAACCCAGUUUGAAAAAUAGGUGAAAUCACAAAAUCUCCUAGAGUGCUGAUACAAAUUAAUUGAUAAGU